AAUUAUUGGCACGAUAACCAUGAAAGUCUUUGUAGUGCUUGCAUUAGCGUUCGCUUGCGUUUCCGCAGCUUCUAUACCCGAGUUGCCUGCUUUUCUGGAAGACAUAACAGAAGCUAAUGUUAUUGAAGGCCGUAUCACAAAUGGAAAUGCCGCUAGUACCGGUCAAUUUCCUUACCAGGCUGGCUUAUCGCUAAAAAGACAAACUGGUUCAUUUUGGUGUGGUGGUUCUUUAAUCGGCAGUGGAUGGGUGUUGACUGCUGCUCAUUGCACUGAUGGAGUCAACUCUGUAACCGUUUAUUUGGGAAGCACUGUUCGCACUGUUGCCAAAGUAACUCAUACAGUUAGCUCUAACUCCAUUUAUCAACAUUCAGGCUACAACGCCAACACUUUGGCUAAUGACAUCUCUUUAAUCAAGAUUCCUACAGUCAGUUUUAAAUCUGAUAUUAAACCUAUUAGGUUACCAGCUAUUUCUUCUUCAUAUUCAACCUACGCUGGUAGUUAUGCCGUCGCAUCCGGUUGGGGACGUACCAAUGAUGCCGGUUCUGUUGUAACACCAUUGAAUUAUGCUCGUCUUCAAAUUAUUACUAACACUGUGUGUGCUGCAACUUAUGGCAACUCGGUUGUUACUGGCAAUACCAUUUGUGUUUCGACUCCUAGCGGCACUUCUACUUGUCAAGGUGAUUCUGGCGGUCCAUUAGCUUUGGAAUCCUCCCAAGUUCUUGUUGGUGUUACAUCUUUCGUUUCUGCAUCAGGUUGCCAAUCGGGAAAACCAUCUGGAUUUGUCCGUGUAACCAGUUACUUGGAUUGGAUCAAGGCCAACACCGGCAUAUCCUACUAAUUUAAUUAUACUUGAAAGCUAACAAUUUGUGAAAUUACGGAUGUAUGUUAAAGUUUAAAAUAACGAAAAUAUGAUUUAUAAAUAAUGAAAAUAAGAACAAAAA